AUGACAGAGACAACACAAAGCCCAGAGGAUGCUGCUGCUCAGCGAGCUGCCGAGCAGGCCCGUCUUCGCAAGGAACGCCGCGAAGCAAAGCUCAAGGCUGGAGGUUCCGCAAGACUCAACAAGAUCACCGGUCUAGGGGGCCGGAUUCCAGGAGAACCUGAACCUGCUAUCGCAACUACCACAGCGACUGACGCUCCCACACCAGCUCCCGCUGCCUCAGCAUCUGUAGCAUCUUCGACUGCCCAGCAUGCGGACCCCGACGAAGUUGACAUCUCAGAACACUACUACGAGACCAAGCGCGCUGAUACUUCACGUGCGAGUGCCCCCGAGACCCCGGAGCCCAAUAUCUCAGAAGACCAGUUGCGACAGAUGAUGCUUGGCUUCGAGCGCGGCAAUGGUAGCGGCACUGCAAGCCCUGCUCCUGGUGGCGUCGAGGAGGACCCCAUGAUGAAGAUGAUGUCCCAGCUCAUGGCUGGUGCAGGACUUCCUGCAGGAUCCAUGCCACCUUUCCCUGGCAUGCCCGGCGCAGUACCUGGUCAAGGACAACCGGUACCUCAAACUGCUGUGCGCAGCAGUGCUUCUACAAACCUUUGGCGCCUUCUUCACGCCAUUGUUGCUCUUGGUCUCGGCUUCUACAUUGUUUUUCUCACCCCCUUUACCGGUAGCAAGAUCGAACGUGAGCGUGCCGCCCUUGCUGGCACAACACCUGCGGAUCCCCUUAUUGCAGCCGCCGAGCCCGAGAUGGAGACGGAGCUCGAGCAUCGCAAAAAGCUAUUCUUCUGGACGUUUGCGACUGCGGAGACUCUCCUCCUCACAACCAGGUUCUUCCUCGAUAGGAGGGGUAGCCCGCCUGCUGGCAUCGUGGGCACUGUGAUGCAGUUCGUACCACAGCCUGCCAAGGGUUACAUUGAAAUCGUGAUGCGCUAUGGUCAAAUCUUCACAACAGUGAGAAGCGACAUGUUGGCGUGCAUCUUCGUGCUGGGAGCAGUUGCUUGGUUCAAGGGAUAG